AUGCAGACCGCCGGCAAACCGUCGUACUACGACCCGGAGGGCGAAACGAUCUACCUGAGUAGCCCGGCGGCGAGCGAGGCCGGCGCCCCGAAGAAGCGCCGGCGCGGGCCCGAGCUGAACGACGUCCUGGGGUAUGUUGGGUCCGCGACGUUGCUGGUCGCGUAUCUAUUCGUUGCGAACCAGAUUUUGCGCAAGCACCCCGUCGUCGUCGACUGCAUGAACCUCUUCGGGUCCGCGUGCGUCGGGUUCAAUUGCUAUUGCAAGAAAGCCUAUGCUCCGAUGUUCCUCGAGAUCUGUUGGUUCGGCAUCGCGUUCGCCGCGCUCGUGAAGCACUCCAUAUAAGUUUGUUGUUACAAGAGGGGAGGAGGACAGGGAUCACGCGGGGACACAGGGGGGAACGCGGCUUCGUCCGCGGUGGCGCCUCAGGCGAUGACGCAGGUCUUCGUCGCCUUGGUGCACGCGGUGUCGAGCGACUCUGUCGAGAUUUGGGUCUCCGGCGGCGGCGGCGGCGGCGCGUCGGCCGGUCGCGGCGUGAUGCUCACGCUCUUCAUCGCCUUGGACGACGGCGAGGCCAGGGGCGCGGUGCCGUGCGCCGCGACGCGGUCGGCGCGCCUGUGCGCAAAUCAACCGGUGAGUCAGAAACCGCACCGUCACGUCGCGUCGAUGGCGUGCGAAGCGCCGCGAAUUUGAUUUGUGCACUGCGCCGCGCUCCGCGUCCAUCGCCUUGUUGGCCUUGCGGGCCGCGGUCUGGCGCUCGCGCGCGGCGUCGGCCUCGCGGCGCUUGUCCUCCGCGACGCGGCGUGAGCGCUCGGCCUCCGCGGCCUUGUCGGCGUCCUGGGCAUUGGACAGGCGCUCGGUCUCGGACGCGCGCUCGUGGGCCGCUUCUUCGUUGACGCGGCGCUCGCGCUCCUCCUCGGCCGCGGCGUCGACGCGGCGGGCGUUGCCCUUGCGUUCUGUGUGGACGAAACUUUGUGAGGCUCGACGCCAUCGACGCGACCCCAAAACGAAGGCAUGACACGGAGUCCGCACCGAGCUCGGCGGCCGCGUCGCCGACGGUCUCGAGGACCUUGGAGCCCUUGAGCGGCGAGCGCUGCGGGCCGGCCGCGAGGCGCUCCGCGCGCUCCGCGUCCUGCAGCUCGAGCGAGCGGCGCUGCGCCUCGGCACGCACGAGCGCCUCCUGCGCGUCGGCCUUGGCCUGGGCCUGGAGCCGCUCCUGGCGCUCGCCCUCCGCCGCGCGGUCGGCCGCCGCCGCAUUGGACUUGCGCUCGGACUCGGAUACGCGCUCGCGUUCGGCUUCGGCGGCCAUGCGCUGGGCGCGCUCUUCCUCGGCGAGGGCCUUCACCUGCUGCGUCGUCGCCUUUUUCUCGAGCUCGCCGGCGCUGAUGGCCUUGACCAAGGGGCUCGCCUGCGGCGCCUCGCCGAAGGCGGCCACGCGGGCCUGGCGCUCGGCCUCCGCGCCGGCGUCGGCCUGGCCCUGGCUGUGGCGGCGCUGGAGCUCCUCGCGCGCGUCGACGGCGGCGAGAUGCGCCAACUUCUCCUGGCGCGCGAUUUCGUGGGGCGGGCUUUGGACGACCGCUGCCAUGUGGAUCUCUGGCCUUUCACUGUGCUGCUUUUUUACGUGCUUGCAGCCCUCUUUUCGACCAGCAAGUUGCCGCUGCGGUACUUGGCUACUGUCAACAGGCUCGCGCGGUUGUCAAUCGGCUCGUAAGACGACGCGCAGGCGGAGAGCGCGCGAAUUAAACUCU